GUGUGUGUGUGUGUGUGUGUGUGUGUGUGGUGGGGGGUGGUGAGUGGCGGCUGAGCCAGGGUGCUAACCUACAGCUUUGAUAAUCUUACCUUCCCAUGCCCACAGGGAAGUUUGUGGGGGUGGAGUCAGCCCAGAGCACACCGCCCUCCCAGGCUCCAGAGGAAACCUUCGAGUCGGGCUGGUCAGAUGUGCAGGGCACUGGGGGCUCCCUGGAAGAAGAGGAGGAGGAGAGAUUCCGGGAAGCGCUGGAGCAGCUGGGGGUGGCCCCAGUCCUGGGCGAGCAGCGAGCGGUGCGGACGUUCUGGACCCGAUUGCAGCGCGAGCGACCCGAGCUGCUGGGCUCCUUCGAGGACGUUCUGGUGCGCGCGUCGGCCUGCCUGGAGGAGGCAGCCCGAGAGCGGGACGGCCUGGAGCAGGCGCUGCGGCGGCGGGAAAGCGAGCACCAGAGGGAGGUGCGGUGUCUGUACGAGGAGACUGAGCAGCAGCUUCGCGAGCAGCGCCAGCGUCUCCGGAGUCAGGACCUCCCCCGGGAGGAGCGCACAGGCCUCCUGGAGCUGGAGCUGCAGGACCGCGAGCAGGAGCUGGAGCGGGCAGGCCUGCGGCAGCGGGAGCUGGAGCAGCAGCUGCAGGCCCGGGCCAGCGAGCAGCUGGAGGUGCAGGCGCAGAACGCCCAGCUGUGGCUAGCCAACGAGGCGCUACGAACGCAGCUGGAGGGGACGCAGGAGCAGCUCCACAGGCUGGAGGGCGACUUGCGGAGCCGCCAGGAGCAAACCCUGCAGAGAUGUGCUCGCUGUGUCGAGGAACAUGCAAAAGGAGAAGCUCAGCCUCCUGCGGCAACUGGGACUCCUCAGGACCGAUGCCUUCCAGACUGGACUGUUCCAGGCAGGGACCCCAGGCCUCCACUCCAAGCUGUCCUCCAUACUGCACCUAGAGCAACUGCACUCCUGCAUCUGACUGCGCCCCCAGACCCUACCCCACCAAGCCAGCAUCUGUUCCGCCGGCCCUGCAAGCCUCCGGGUGGCCCUGCGUUGUGGGGAGAGAACGGGCCUGGGCCUGGAGGAGGGCCUGCUGGCCUGGCCGCCGCCUCCACCGCCCCCAGCCCAGCUCCUCGGCCUCCCGAGGGCGUGAGCCCCGGCUGGGCUGCGGGCGCCCCCGGGUGCAGCACGCCCGCCUCCGCAGUCGCGGGCGGACCCCAGCGCCCGCACCGGCGGGCGUCCCCGCCGCCCGCCCUCGCGGAGCACUGCCGAGACCUGCCCU